ACCUGCAUCCGUUGAACUCGUGGCUGCAGAUACCUUUGGGAGGGAGAUGAGUGACUGACAUUUUAUGCAGGCAUCAAACAGGAAAAUAAUUCAGAAGCAGAGUUCCAAGCCUUUUUGGAAUGUUUCGGACUUGGCUGCUGCUCUGCUGGGUUCAGAGAUGGACUCAGAAGAAAGGACAACCAACAGAAGUGAACAAAAAUCAAGGAAAAUUUUAAGAAGUCUAAUAAGGAAGCAGCCUUGGGACCUUCUUUUGGUAAUUGGAACCGGAGUGAGUGCUGCUGUAGCACCAGAAAUACCAGCACUUUGCUCAUGGAGGAGCUGUAUUGAAGCUGUGAUUGAAGCAGCUGAACAGCUGGAGGUGCUUCAUCCAGGAGACGUUGCUGAAUUCCGCAAAAAAGUGAUCAAAGACAGAGACUUGCUUGUAGUUGCACAUGAUCUCAUAAGAAAGAUGUCCCCACGCACAGGUGAUACCAAGCCCAACUUUUUCCAGGAUUGCUUAAUGGAGGUGUUUGAUAACUUGGAACAACAUAUUCGGAAUCCUGUUGUUCUACAGUCAGUCCUCAGGCUAAUGGAGAGAGGCACUAUGGUCCUUACAACAAACUAUGACAAUUUACUUGAGAUUUUUGGUCAGCAACAGGGUAAACCCAUGGAGUCUUUAGACCUGAAAGAUAAGGAUAAGGUUCUUCAGUGGGCAAGAGGUCAUAUAAAGUAUGGAGUUCUUCAUAUUCAUGGCUUGUAUACAGAUCCCUGUGGAAUGGUGUUGGAUCAUUCAGGAUAUAAAGAUGUUACUCAAGACCCUGAAGUAAUGGAGGUUCUGCAGAACUUGUAUCUGACCAAAUCCUUCUUGUUUGUGGGCUGUGGAGAGACUCUGCAUGAUCAAAUAUUCCAGGCUCUUUUUCUGUAUACUGUAAAGAAUAAAGUAGAUUUAGAACAUUAUAUGUUGGUGGUUAAAGAAAAUGAAGACCACUUUUUUAAACUCCAGGCAGAUAUGCUUCUGCAUGGAAUAAAAGUAGUAUCCUAUGGUGAUUGCUUUGAAUAUUUCCCGGCGUAUGUCCAAGAUCUAACUGCUCAAAUCUGCAAGCAGAGGAGUCCAGAUGCUGAUCGAGUGGACAGUACAACACUGCUGGGGACUUCAUGUGUGGAUUGUGCAAAGAGAAAGUUAGGAGAAAAUGACUUGAAUCUUUCCAAGAGGGUGAAACAAUCAGAUAAUGUUGAUACCUCUGCUGGUGACCUGGGCAUUGUAAAGAAGUUUGAAACCCAAGUGCAAGGCAACUGCACAGGAGCGCCAGAGAGGGAAGCAGAGAGCUGGGCUCUCACUAUUCCAGAGUUUCUGUGACUUUCUCUACCUGGCAUUGACUGUAACAAGCCUGCUUCCUGGCAAGAACAACUUGGAAUGGCAUUAAGUGUUUACCUUCACAUACCAUAGUGGCCUGCUGCUCUUAGCAAUUUUUUCUCUCCCAAAGUGUAUUAUUCUCACUAUCACUAGUCCCAGUCAAGAGCAGGAUGUAUGUUAACUGGGGGUAGAAAGUGAGCUAAAAGCUGUUAGAAACUAACAUUGUGACUGUACCCUAAGAUUAAAGUAAAAGUUUUAAAAAUAGACAAGGGUUCAUUUCCACACCAUCACAAAAAGGCAGUGUUAAGUGUACCUAAACUAAAAGUUAGAGAAGGCUGGGGUUCAAACACAUAAAAGAGAAACUGGCACAGCCUGUAAAGAGACAUUAAGUAGAAAUUAAGGUUAAAAUUAAUUUAUUUUUAAGACCUGCAAACAAGGGUAGCACAUUGUGUGUCUGUUGUCAUUCGGACAACUUGCUUGUAUAUUUUAUUUUUUCCCCACCCACCCCCUUUCAUCUACUUUCUUAUUCUUGGUUCCUCUUCCAAGCUGCUCUAUAUGGGCAUGCCCCUGCACCUCUGACUAAGUCAAUUAAGCUCCAUAUGCCCAGAAGGCUCUCAGCACAAAGCUGCUUACAGGAUCUGAACCUUAAAACUGUCGGCUUCAUGGAGCAUGCACCAUCUUCAUAUACAGCACAAAUACCUGACCUACACAAUUGUACUAUGAAUAUUUCAGUUUUCACUUGUCAUCUGUUCAUUUUAGUAUCAAUUAACAUUGGGGGAAAUGAGGAUAUACAUGAAAAUUGCCAACAGCAUACAGGCUGUUCUUCAUUGACUGGGAUUCACUUCACUACUUACUAUACACUGGAAUGAAAAUAUUUGUUGGUUUGAAGGACAGGACAUGCUUUUGGUAUUUCAAGUAGUGGUUACUGGGAUGUUUCCAUUGCUGCACAGUUAAAGCAGGCCACUAUCUAAUUACGUGCAGUAGAGAACUGCUAUGAACCCCAGCUCACCAAGGUUUUAAACACUUCAGCUGCAGUCAAUGUGACUACUCCAUACGCUUAAGACCCUUGCUGAAUCCUGUCUUCAGACUACCAAAUGUAAGUUCUGAGAGCUUGGAUUUCACAUUUUUAUGAGGUGUCCUGUAAAACUUCUUAGUUUCCCCAAAAUUGUGGGUUGCCCUUGAGCAAACAAAUGUAUUUAAAUGAAAUUCUGAAGUGUUCCAAAAAUGAAUAUUUCUUUAAUCAGCAUCAGAUACUGACGGCUGAUUAAGUGGCUGGAUUAGACUGUCAUUUUUGCAUCUAUUUUCCUGAGGCUGCUGCGAGCACACAAUAGUUUUGAGGUUGUUUCAAACACAGCAGUCAGGUUAAAAUUACUGCAAUACACUUUUAUUGAACUCUAUUCUAUGGCACUUUUAUGGCCCCUAUCACCAUAGUAUCUGAGCAUCUCAUCGAUUCAGUUGGUUCCUCAAAUAUUUAACUUGUCUUUUAGUUUUUCCAUAAGCAACACUACAUAACUGCCUUCCGCCUGCAAAUGCACACGCACAUUUAAACUUAGGAUCAAUUUGAUUUGAAGUGUUUUUAAAUCAAAGUAAAUUUAAUUUUGCCUUUUU